GAAUCCGAGCUCAGGGUUCGGCGGGAGCGCACAGCGACUCGGGGACCCUCGGCCAGAUUACGGAGCGUGCUCCCAUAAAGUUCAGUCCCGUCCCGUUCCCGCCCCGUCAUGUACCGAGAUACAAAGAUGGCAAGACGAUGAACCUAGGUAUGAGAAACGACAAUCUUUUGUCAUUCUCCCCGGAGUUGCUUCAUGACGAUGUACUGUAUGGGGAACCAUGCAGUCAGCAAAGGCGACUCUGGGGGAGGAUUAUUGCUUUUGCUGAUGGCUUGGAGCGGGCACAUGUGCAUGCGGGGAGUGGCACGCCAUCCACGUCUCUCAAACAAACUUUAAGCCGGUUGCUGUCUGCCCGACCUAGCAAGGUCCGUGCUUAUCCCCAGGAUCUACAGACGACCAGGACAAGGACGCCUUGCGGUCUAUGCUUCGACUGCGGCUUGAAGCUCCAAACGUUCGACACGGCUAGACUAGCUUCGUCAUCGCUCUCAUGCCGACCAGGUGACAAAUGCAGCAUUCGAUCUCACUCGAUGAGCGACAUUCCGGUGUCGCCUGCGCUUCGAAAGCAGCUCUGGAGUGCGGGAGAUGCGGCCGCUCGUGGUCCCAUACGAUAUGGAAAGUAGCACAGCAUGCUGCAAAUAAUGGCGCGCUGUGGGGUUGAUUUCCCGAAGUCCAGACCAGCGAUGAUCGCGUUGUCGCUAACUACUCGAGAGUCCAGCCGU